AUGUUCUCUUUCAAGCCAACUUUACUGUGCCUUUUGCUGUUCGUAUUCAUCGUAUCUUCAGAAUAUACGUGCGAAGACGACUCCGAUUGUACCGAGGACAAGUUGCCCGAGUAUUACUGUAGAGUGGUGUACGGUGGGGCGGAGAGUGAAGGAGCCGAAUGCAAAUUUUACGAACCGGCUGGAAUGAAACUGUGCGAUUUCAAAUGUUCCCAGGUCCUGGAUGAUCCGAACUGUAUGAAAUGA